AUGGAAAUGCUUCCAGAAUCAGUUACCAACUUAUUAGUUAAUCUACAAGUGCUUAACAUCAGUGGUUGCCACUUGCUAAAAGAGCUACCAAAGGAUAUUAAGAAGCUUGUUAAUUUGAAGCAUCUUAUCUUCGACCCUGAUCAGUUGGAUUGUUUCAGCCAUAUGCCAAAAGGGAUUGGGGAGUUGAAGUCCCUUCAAACUUUACCAACUUUUAUGGUGGGCAGUAGGAGCAGUGGUAGUAAUGACAAAAGGAUCGGGGCAGGGUUGGAUGAGUUGAACGGAUUGAAUGCCUUGCGUGGAAAGUUGAUUAUCCGGGCAACGCUGAGUCUCCGGGCAAAGACGUUUAUGUCUUGA